ACUUCAUCGAAGUAUAAUUAUAAUCUAUUGGAACCUCAAGAGAUCGAGCGAGAGCGAAAAGAUGGUGGGAUGGCUGAGCGAGAGAGAGACGAACGAGUUGCUUGAAAAGAUAGAGAAGGCGAUUGAUUUUCGUGCAUCCAGGCGAUUCUUCAAACAUUUCCGUGUACUCAAAGUUGAACAAUUGGAGGGUCUCCGUGUUCCGGAAAUUUUUAUGCCAAAACAUUUGGCAACUCUCUUCAGUGUUGGCUAUGAUUCUAACUCUGCUUUAUCCGAGGGCAGCCAAAGUUCAAACAACUCUAGUCGUGAAGAAUGGUCACAAGUCUUUGAUAGGGAUGGACGCUUUCGUUUCUAUCACAUUAUUUCUUUGUUUCCUCCAGAUGAUCUCUCUAAUGGUAUGAAGAUGCACUAUAGGCAAACUCUUUGCUGGGCUCAUUUUGCAGUGACAAGUUACAAUGAAAAUCAUGGUGCCGAUUACGAGCUUGUUGCCCCUUUAGUAAGUUGUCCCAUCUAUCUUUGGGAAUCGGUGCAUGGUUGGCAUGCUUAUGUCAAUUUCUUCGCUAAGCCUAAAUACAGUGAUUCCUCUCCCGACCUCUUUUUUGCCGAGUUGGUGGCAUGUGGUGAUUCAGCUAAUGAAGUUAUCAGGUGCUGUAUCUUGAAACCUCGUCCUUCUCCAGUUGCCAAAGCUUUUGACCUUGUUGAAUUUUGGCUUCCUCCUGGAGAAGAAUACCAUUCGCCAACAUUAUUUUGUGAUUCCGACUCCGAGUGAUUGUUCUGAUCUUUUUAUUUAUCAAACUAGAUAGUCUCCCUCUCCUCCUUGGAUUGGUGUUUACUUGUAUUAUUUCUUUUGUUAAUACAAGUUAACUUUUGUGAUUUAAAAGUUAAGCUAUAUGUCUAUCUCUCUUUUUGAUGGCAUGUUCCACAUUUCUUCCAAUGCACUUGGUUUAUAAGUCUGUGAGGAGAAGGGUGAGGACUUAUAAGUAAA